AUGUCAGAAACAGCAUCAAGUAGCAGUGGUGGCGGCAAAAGGAUAUUGAAUCUCCCUGAUAUUGAUACAUCACAACCAGAUUCAUUCGAGACACCAGAUGUCCCUGAACCCUUGAUCAUUGAGAAGCCAGAGUUGGUCAAUGAGAACAUUGAGAGAGUGUCUUUGGUACCAGCAAAGGCACACGCAAAGUUCUCAAACAGGAAGCUGAACAAUGACGGUGAGGACUUCUCAGACUCAAUCUACAAGAAGCCCGUCAUCAGAUCAAAGCCACAAAGGACCUUCAACAAUCAGACAGUCUUUGACUUGCCAUCUGACGAUGCUGAUCGCAAGGAAGAGACACCCUUCCAGAAGUUCCAGCGUCUCCAGUUCGAGGUCAAGUCACUACGCGAUGAAGUGCAGAUCAUUGCAAAUGCUGAGGGCGAGGUCGAGCCAGGUAUCACAGGUGCUGAGUUGGCCCAACAAUUGGGCGAGCUUCAAAGUCAACUCGGAUUGUUGUUGGAGAAUGACAAGCUUCGUCCCAUCUUGGAUGAGAACAGACAGAUAUUACAUUAUUCUCAAUUGCUUGGAGGUACCGAUUCAUCAAGGCAACUUCUUAAUGGACUUCGAUCAUUCGCAGGUGAGUCUGGUGCCAAUGCACAACAGCAACCUGCUGGCGGCUCAUCAUCCUCGCCCAACCAUGUAAAAUAUGAACUGUACUACUCUGGCGACCAAGCCAAGUACCAGCAGCUCCAGAGACUGACAGACCUGGACAAGAGACUGGCCAACUUGGAGUCGCAAGUUGGAAACAAGACCGAGUUGUCAAUCCCAUUGACUCAAUCAUUGGUGGAGAUCAAGGAUAAGCUGUCACUGUUGGAUUCUACCAAGUUGGAUGUACUGCAACAAAAGAUGAAGGUGGCCAUGAAGCAGAUGGAGUCAAUGAAGAGCCAGAGCGAGACAACCACCAAGUCACUGUCGACAAACGAGGCAAAGAUCAACACCAUCUACGAGUUGAUGAAUCGCUGGGACGUCAUUGGACAACAGUUGCCAUCGAUCAUCAACAGACUGUACACGCUGCGAUCCCUCCACGAGGAGGGUCUGUCCUUCUCCAGCCAUCUGAGCGAACUUGAGAAGGAGCAAUCAAACAUUGCAUCACUCUUGAAGACCAACAGCAGUCUGAUGAACAAGAUGGAUGAGUCAUUCAAGGGCAAUAUGGUCACGAUCCAGAACAAUGUUGAGUCACUUGAGAAGAGGAUUAGCGAGCUCAACUUGAAGAAGUAG